AUGUUCAAUAACACUACCAUCGCGGCGCCGAUAUCAUGGACACCCUCCGCAUACUGGGACGGCAAUGAUGGUCUCUGGAACACCUUCACUGUUGGCGUAGGGACACCACAACAGAACUUCCGCAUACUCCCCUCUACAGCUGGACAGGAGACCUGGCUACCUAAUCCCGAAGGCUGUGAGACCGCGAAUCCUGCCAACCCAGGCUAUUGUGGAUCUCUACGCGGCGCUCUGCCGUAUCAAGGCUCGAACAGCUCAGGCUUCGCCAAUAAUGAGAGCAGUAGUUGGGACCUGAUAGGUCUGUAUACCGUGGACGCGGAAGAGGCGGAUUUGGGAUAUGAGGGGAACGGACUGUAUGGCUUCGAUACCGUCAAGCUCAAUGGUACGAAUGAGGCCGUCAAUCAGACCGGGCAAGUCCUGGCCAGCGUGCCUGAUCUUGACUACUGGCUCGGGUACUUCGGACUUGGCCCAAAGACGAUCAAUUUCACGACGUUCAACCAACCCAUCCCCAACUACAUGAGUAAUCUUGUCAACAGUCAUCAGAUACCAAGUCUAUCUUGGGGCUAUACGGCCGGCGCACACUACCGCAAUCAGUCACCGGCGUCUCUAACCCUCGGCGGGUAUGACACCAGCCGCUUUACACCGUCCUACAUCAGCUUCUCAAUGGACGCAGACAACUCACGACCACUGCAAGUUGGCGUACAAGGAGCUAUAGCCGAAGGAGCGCUCGAUGGUGCUGGCGUCAACCUUUGGCCGACCCCUACCUACCACUUCAUCGACUCCACACUUCCACACAUCUGGCUGCCAAGCGAUGCAUGCGAUGCCUUUGUGGCCGCCUUUGGCUUGACUUAUGACAACACUACGGAUCUGUUCCUCAUCAAUAGUACCAUGCGGCAGAGAUGGCUCAACGACAAACCCACUGUGACAUUUGUUCUUGCCAACACUACUGUCCUUGGUGGCCAGACACAGACGAUCGAGCUACCUUAUGCCGCAUUCGACAUGCAAGCUAGCUACCCAUACUAUCAGAAUGCCACCAACUACUUUCCAAUCAGGCGAGCAGCGAACGACUCGCAGUACACUAUCGGGCGUACCUUCUUACAAGAAGCAUAUCUUAUUGUGGACCACGAACGCAAUAAUUUCACUGUUGCUCCGACCAUGUUUGACAAACUCGACGAACCGCAUUUUGUUGCCAUUUACAAGCCUACGAACACCAGCACCGACAGCUCCUCGGACGAUGGUGGCAACAGCAACAAAGGUUCUCAAGGCCUGAGCGGAGGUGCGAUAGGAGGUAUAGCCGUUGGCGUUAUCGCUAUCAUAGCUCUUCUCGGCCUUGCAAUCUGGUUCUUUACCCGGCGGAGCGACAAGCCCAAGCAUCAACCUCUACCCACUUCCGAUCUGGAGAAGCUCGAAGGUUACCUAGCAGACAAGAAAGAUGGUACACAGGUCCAUGGAACAGAACUGGACUUUCAACAGAAUCUACAUGAGGUGCCGGGCAGUAUGGCAAGGCAUCCGAGUGAGCUACCUAGUCCUGCCGCAGCUACUGAGGUAGAGGGCGACAUGGGUAAGAUGAGAGGACGGCCGGGCAUGUAUGAGAUGCCUGGAUCUGGGCAGGGAAGUGGGAGUUUGGAGGCUCCUGGGAGUGAUGGUGUGAGGCAUGAAUUGUACGGAAGUGGCCCAGCUCACAGUCUGAGUCGAGCGAAUCAGCAUCUACCGUGA